AUGGACCUGCUGCCACCGCUCCAGCCCUCGGCCCGCGAGGUGCGCACCCUCCCCAUUCGCUUUCGGCAGCACUUCCAGGCGUCGGGGGAGGCGGCGAGGUGCACGGAGCACAGUUUGGCUGGGGCAGGCAGUUCGGUGUACCAGUGGACCGCCAGACUACCCACCUGGCUUCCCCCGGUCCACCUUAGGGAGCAUCAGGCAGCUGUGGAUAUCAGCCACAAGGCCAACUACACACGUGCGUGAAAAGAGGUGUGCUUUGCCGGUGUGGAUGGGCAGGAGUGCCUGGCACAACUGUGUGGUCUUUGCAUCGUCGUUCACGCCAGUGAGCUGAAGGAGCUGAUGCCCUUCUACCAGGAUUGGGGCAACUUCAGGGAGCUGAUCUCCCCAGUGGAGGCAGCCCAGGACCUGGAGCAGGCCCACAUGGGCAUGUUCACAGAGCUGUCCAUCCUCUACUUCAGGGCAAAGCCACAGAAGAUGCUGGAGCACCUGGAGUUCUUCUGGUCCCGUGUCAACAACCCAAAGAUUCUGAAAGCCACAGGGCAAGCCCAUCUCUGGGAGGAGCUGGUGUGCCUCUAUGACAGGUACAAGGAGUAUAACAAUGCCACCCUCACCAUGAUCAGUCACCCAGAUGCCUGGAGAGACAGGCAGUUCAAUGACACCAUUGCCAAGUUAGCUCAGCAGCUCUGCAAGAUAGAGGUGCCAAGCCCAUGCUCAGCCCUCCUCAGCCCUCCUGGAGGUGGUACUUCAUCUACCAGAAGGCAGCUGAGGGACAGAGAACCCUCCACGGAUGAGGAGAGGGCCUUCAUGGAGCUGGCACUGUCCCUGUACCCUGCCAGCCCAGAAAGGCCAGCAGCUGACUCGGACAGCAGGCCUUGCUGCUGGACCAGCCCCUGCGAGUUUUCCCUGCUCAAGGGGCAGGCGCUCUGCUUUUGCCCAGCCUCCUAUGUACUAAUGUACUACUUCAGCAUGUAG